AUUAAUUUCACCUUUCAGUGCCCAUAGCAUUAGAGAUCUAAUCGACCAAGAAAAAUGAGAACAUCCAAAAUAUAUUUUACGUUCCUUUUGAUAGUAACAAUCUCCAAUAUGAGAUUUUCAAUUGGAAUAAUCGAUGAGGAAGACCCAGGCGUUUUGGAUUAUGUUCUAAAAUUUUAUCCGGACAAGCAACCACCUUGUAGUGAAUGCAGGAAGCAUGUUCUUGCACUCAUACAGCAAGAUGGUGAGCGGACAACAGAUAAGACUCCUUCACGAUUGUGUUGCUCCCAAUUUAUUGAAUGGGGAUUUGAAUGCUACGCGUUAUGGGCAGCUAGCGACAAUCACAUGGAUUACCCGGAAUUUGGAGAUUCUAUGGAAGUAUUAGACAACAUUAACAACAUAUGGGACCGUUGUGUCAAUCUCAUUAAGGAUGAUUGAGGACUUGCUGAAAUCGUUAUGAUCCAUUACAUUUGAUACGAAGUGCACAUAUGCCAAAACAUGUAUUAUUAGAUUGGAAAUCUUUAAAGUAUACUUCAUCCGUUCUUAAAUAAAUGCAACGGUCAACAUUUCACACUUGCCGAGACACAACUUUGACCAUUAAUAUAAAUGAUUUUGUAUUAGUAAAAAAAUUAAAAAAAUUAGAUUAUGAAAAUUUACAAUGAGACAAGUUUAACAAUAUUUUUUUCAUAAAAUAAUAUUAUUACAUUAAUAAAUAAAACGUAGUCAAAGUAGAACAUGUGAAUAGUGUAAAAGUCAAAGUGUUGCAUUUAUUUAAGAACGGGAUAGUAUUAAUUAAUACAAAAUUUG